UAAGCUUUUAAAUGGAUAUUUCAAAAAUACUCUUACAAAUCAUAAAUAUGAAGUGAAUCAACUUCCAAGCUAAUCUGCAUCAACUUCCAAGCUAGUCCAUAUCUUCUACAUGUUGUUUAUAUGAUCCCAAUAAUAUAAUUAGUUACAAGAACCAAAAGGGGCCUAUAAAUGUCCAUGCUCAAAUUGUUCCUGCUCGAAGAAAAACAGAGAGAAAUAAGGUAAAGUUAGGAUGCCUGAGUACUGUGUAACCGGAGGAACUGGAUUUAUCGCAUCUUACCUUAUAAAGUCGUUGCUGGAAAAAGGUCACGCUGUUAGAACCACGGUUAGAAAUCCAGAAAAUGCAGAGAAAGUAAGUUAUCUUUGGGAGCUAAAUGGAGCUAAGGAAAGGCUCAAGAUUAUGAAAGCUGAUUUAGUCGAUGAAGGAAGUUUUGACGAGGCUGUUGAGGGAGUUGAUGGGGUCUUCCACACCGCAUCUCCUGUGCUCGUCAGCCAUGAUGACAAUGAAAAUUUGGUUAAUCCAUGCAUAAAAGGGACAAUGAAUGUGCUAAACUCAUGCAAGAAAGCUAAAAGUGUGAAAAGGGUUGUGCUCACCUCUUCUUGUUCUUCAAUUAGAUACAGAUACGAUGUGGAAAAAGUGUCACCGCUUAAUGAAUCUCACUGGAGUGAUCCUCAAUAUUGUACAAACUACAAUCUUUGGUAUGCUUAUGCCAAAACCAUAGCAGAAACGGAGGCAUGGAAAUUUGCCGAGGAAAAUGGAAUUGAUCUCGUGGUGGUGAACCCGUCAUUUGUAGUUGGACCUCUGCUUUCACCUCAACCUACUAGCACCCUUUUACUUACAUUGGCUAUUGUCAAAGGGGUAAGAGGGGAAUAUCCGAACCAAACCAUAGGUUUCGUGCACAUAGAUGAUGUCGUAAAUGCUCAUAUUUUGGCAAUGGAAGAAAGUAAGGCGUCGGGUAGACUCAUAUGUUCCAACUCGGUCAUACACUGGUCAGAGAUCAUUGAGAUGCUAAGGGCGAAAUACCCAUCAUACCCUUACGAGAACAAGUGUGGGAGUCAUAAAGGAGAUAACAAUCCACAUAGCAUGGACUGUAGCAAGAUCGUCAAGUUGGGCCUCCCUCCUAUGAAAACAUUGGACCAAAUGUUUGAUGACUGCCUUGCAAGUUUUCAAGAAAAGGGCCUUCUUUAGUACUAGCUUAUAAUAGAAUAAAGUUCCUAAUUAUGUUCAAUAUUCUUGCAUGUAACCUUCUGUUUAGUAGAAUAAACCUACAAAACACCCCUUUUUUAUUGUGUAAUUUGACGGAAUGUAUUCAUAUUGGAAAUUAACAGCAUGCCCUUAGUUAAUACCUUUUUGUGCUGGACCAAAUUCUGUGAAAGUGUAUGAGCUGCUGGGCCGCUUGUAAUGGGCUAUCUGGGUUGUACUUUUGGAGCAAAAUGGGCUUCUUCGCUUCUCUAUGCGACUGUAAAAUUGG